AUGGAAGAAAACAAACCAGAGAAGAGGGGGACAAAGCGAAAAAUUGAAAGGCUACCUUCGGAAGAAAAAGACUUCAGAGAAUCAAGUGCGACGAUGGAAAGAGUCUGUGCUCCAGCUGAUUACAAAGUUAUGGAAGAACUCAUAGAAGACCCGGUGAACGAAGAAAAGGAACGAAGAAGGAGGGCUUUUGAAAAGUGGACUGAAGAGUCACACGAUGAGUUUGCAAAUGGACUGGUUGUUCAUGGAAAGAAAUUCAACACAGUGGGUGACAAUCUUCCGGAAAUGACUGUAGCAGACCUUGUAGAACAUUACUACAUGACCAAACCCUUUGACUUCAAUUUCGAGAAGUGGCAGGCUAGGGAAAAAGCCAAAGACAACGGCUUAAAGCCUUCAUCAAUAGAGUCCAAGGGCACUUCUACGGAAGCGGCUCAAGCAUCAACCACAUCUGAGCCCCACUAA